AUGAGGACAAAUAAAACAUCACUCAAUAAAAUACAUGAAUUAGGAAUCACAAUAUUUCCAGAAAAGUAUGGAAACGAUCAAGAUUUGGAACCUUCUGAGGAUUUCUAUGGCUCCGACCUAGACGAUUUGGACGGCGAUUUUGUAAAUGAUAACUACAGACAAGGAGAUAAGUCAACAGAUGCUGUUCUCUGCUGUGCAAUGUGUUUCACUCCAGUAUGUUAUCAAUGCAAAACAGUUGGAAACUCAUUUUCAUCAAAAUUGGCCUUGAACGCAUAUGUUGAAGAUAAUUACUCAGAUUCUGUACGUGGAAAUGAUUCCCAAGAUGUAAUUGACAAAGGUGAUUCCACCAAACGGAAGUUGAGAGGAAGCACAAAUAAUUCAGAAAGAACAGUCAAAUGUAUAGAAUGUAACAACAUUAUCGCAGUACUCGAUUUCUCAAAUAAUUAUAAUUUUAAAAAUGUUAUCGCAAGUAAACCGUGA